AUGGAUCUCGUGAAUCAGGUUUGUAAGCCGUACAUGGAUAAGUUUGUAAUUGUGUUUAUCCAUGGCAUCCUUGUAUACCCGGAGACCAAGGAAGGACAUGAGCAACAUCUGCGAGUUAUCUUAAAACUUUUGAAGAAAGAACAGUUGUACGCUAAGCUGUCGCAGUGCGAAUUUUGUAUUCACGUGGUGCAAUUCUUAGGUCACGUGGAGAAUGAGAAGAACUAUAUGACGCAUGACCUUGAGUUAGGAGCUAUGAUAUUCGCGUUGGAGUUUUGGCGUCAUUACUCGGCGAGCGUUGUAGCAGACGCCUUGAGCUGCAAGGAACGCGCAAAACCACUAAGGAUGCGAGCCUUAGAAAUGACCAUACAAACAAAUCUCGCUACCUGGAUUCGUGAAGCUGAGCAAGAGGCGCUCAAACCGGAGAACCUACGAGCUGAAGCAUUACGUGGAUUGGAAGCGCAAUCGUUGCCUAGUGAAAAUGGAACAUUAUACUUCCUGGAGCUAAUUUGGGUUCCAUUCUUCGGCAAUCUACGGGCACUUAUUUCGAAUAAAACUCAUAAGUCAAGGUACUCCAUCCAUCCUGGAUCCGAUAGGAUGUACCAAGACUUUUAUUGGCAGUCCAAGAUGAAAGCCAAUAUUGCUACAUAUGUAGGUAACUGUCUUACUUAUGCCAAAGUUAAGGCGGAGUACAAGAAACCAUCAGAGUUGCUGCAACAACCUGAGAUUCCCUUGUGGAAGUGGGAACAGAUACCAAUGGAUAUCAUUACCAAGUUACCAAGAACCUAA